AUGAAGAUAGCACUAUGGGUCCAGAUACACAACUUGCCCUUGCAUUGGCUAUCUGCGAAAACUGGCAUUAAAGCGGGAAAGCUUUUUUCUAGUGUUGAGGGGAGAGAGGAGGUUAGUCCUGAUGUGGUAGGGGAUGGUGGGAAGAAUAAAGGCAGUGAAGGGGAUAAACUAGUGGAUGUAGAGGUUGUAGCAGAUAAGUCCACUUCGGUAGUUUCUAGUGAGGGACCCUGGGUAGUGGUAAGCUCUGUGAGUGCUGUGGAACACCCCAUCACUGUAGGAUCAACUUCAGUAGCACCUAUGGACUUGGACUCUCUUAAGGGGAAUAGGGUGGAUCAUGAUAAUUUGGUUGAUUUAGUGGUGCAUUCUGCUCAUCAUAGUAGUGUUGGCAUAAAACCUCCGAAAACUUUUGUCAGAGUCACUAGAAAUAAAAAUUUAGAGGGCUAG